AUGGCAACCUUCAAUUCCAACACCACACAAGUCUUGACAGACGCCAUCGAGUCUCUGUCAAAGAACCUCAGCCAUGACGACUAUAUCCUCCUUCCUCUGGUCAUUCUGGGAACUGCCUUUGUAAUUAACAAGGGUAGCAUCUUCCCCAAGAAAGACCCUCUCUAUUACAUGUGGUUUCAGCGUCCUCAAGCAGCUCAUGGCUCUGGACUUGAAACCACAAAGAGGUCGCGCAAUGUUGCUGAUCUCAUCAAAGAGGCCAACGCAGACUUGGUCAUCUUUUGGGGAUCUCAGUCUGGCACUGCUGAAGGCUUUGCCCACAGACUCGCCCGAGAAGCCCAUCAACGCUACAAGCUCACAGCGGUGGUGGCAGACUUGUCUGAUUACGACGCCGAGUCUGUUUCUCUCAUCCCAAGCACGACACUUGCCAUCUUCAUCAUGUCUACAUAUGGUGAGGGUGAUCCUAGCGACAACGCCCAAGACUUUGUUACUUGGACCCAUUCCGCCUUCAGUGUCAGCCUCAACCACUUGAAGUUUGCUGCCUUUGGUUGCGGAAACUCCAACUAUCGAUACUUCAACAAAACUAUCGACGAGGUAGUUACUGCUCUCGUGAAGUUCGGUGCUGUCCCGCUCGUGCCCACUGGCAAGGGCAAUGAGGCAACACGGACAACCGAAGAGGAUUUCAUGGACUGGAAAGAGACCCUCCUCUCCACCCUGGCAACUGACCGUGGCCUGACCGAGGUCGAAGCCGCCUACGAACCCGAGGUGGAGGUUAUUGAGGGAGAGACUAUUCCACACGAAGAACUUGAUCUUGGAAAUCCCUUCCACAAGACUGCAUCUAAGGCCGGGACCACAAAUUCGGAUAUUGUGCCAGUCUCGGUUGUCGCACGCACAGAGCUAGCACGAUAUCCUGAGCAAGACCGCUCUUGCGUCGAAGUCAAGGUCGACCUGACGCCUCAUUUGCAGGUCAAGUAUAAGACUGGUGAUCAUAUCGCUGUUUGGCCUGAGAACUCCUCAGAAGAGGUCGACACUCUUAUCCGCAUUCUGGGACUCGAAGCAAAGCGAUCCAGCUCCAUCCGCAUUAAUGCCAAGUCUGGUUACGACAAUCCCAAGGUGCCCAACUUGACAACUGUCGAAGCUCUGUUCCGCCACUACCUGGAGAUCUCCAGUCCCGUACCUCGAGAGACAGUCUUGUCUCUUGCGCGAGUGGCUCCCAGUAGUGUUGUCAAGAAGGAACUCCAGGCUAUCAGCAAGGGCAGAGAGACAUAUGCCGCUUUCUUGAACGCCAACUAUCUGACCUUCUCUCGGCUACUAGCAUACGCUUCGUCUUUUGAUUCCUCCAUCUCCUGGACAGAUCUCCCGCUUUCGUUCGUUAUCGACUCUCUUCAACCCAUGCAGCCACGACUCUACUCUAUCUCCAGUUCCAGGAUCACAUCUCCUCGCCAAGUUACUCUCACAGUCUCUGUCAAGCCCUCCACAAUCGUCGGCAAGCCGGACGUUCUCAUCCCAGGAAUCACCAGCUCUUUCCUCUCAAAGACAGCCCCCAGCGACGAUGCGGCUGCCACUCCAUCCACGCUGCAGAUUCAGAUCCGACCAUCUACUUUUAAGCUACUGAUCAACGCCUUGACUCCUUUGGUCAUGGUCGCAGCGGGAACCGGAAUUGCCCCAUUCCGUGCCUUUGUGCAAGAGCGUGCAAGACUUGCAUCAGUUGGUCGCGAUGUCGGAAAGAUGGUUCUCUUUUUUGGAUGUCAAAACGAGUCCCAUUACUUGUACUCUCAAGAAUUCCAAGAGGCAACCUAUGGUCCAUUGGCAGGGAAGCUUGAGGUGGUGACGGCAUUCUCUCGAGCGGGUGGAAAUAAGACAUAUGUUCAACAUAAGGUUCUUCAGCGUCAAGAGGAGGUCUUGGGUCUGCUGCAAGAUCAGGACGCGGCGUUUUACAUUUGUGGUGCUGCAACUAUGGCCAAGGAUGUUGGCGAUGUGUUGGGCGAGGCUAUCAAGCAGAAGAAUGCCUGGUCUACUGUUCAGGCGGAAAACUGGAGGGCCGAGAAGAAGAAGGGAAACCGUUGGUUUGAGGAUGUUUGGAGUUGA